ACCACCAUUUUGUCAAAAGUGGACAGAACGUGACUUGGCGAAAGAAGAACCUAGAAAUCAUCCAUUCACACACAUUAUGGGCACGGCUCGGUAUGACAGAGCUAUUACUGUCUUCUCACCAGAUGGUCAUCUGUUCCAAGUUGAAUAUGCACAGGAGGCUGUAAAGAAAGGGUCAACCGCUGUUGGUGUUCGUGGUAAAGAUAUUGUGGUUCUUGGUGUGGAAAGGAAAUCUGUGGCCAAGCUGCAAGAAGAACGAACAGUUAGGAAAAUAUGCAUUCUUGAUGAUCAUGUUUGCAUGGCCUUUGCAGGACUGACAGCUGAUGCAAGAAUACUCAUCAAUCGAGCCAGAGUUGAAUGUCAAAGUCAUAAAUUAACAGUGGAAGAUUCAGUUACAUUGGAAUAUAUAACAAGGUUUAUAGCACAAUUAAAACAGAAAUACACUCAGAGUAAUGGUAGGCGUCCAUUUGGUUUAUCUGCACUCAUAGUAGGAUUUGAUUAUGAUGGAACUCCUCAUUUAUAUCAAACAGAUCCUUCUGGUACAUACCACGCAUGGAAGGCUAAUGCGGUUGGCAGAAGUGCAAAGACAGUACGAGAAUAUUUAGAGAAACACUACAGUGAGAGCGUUGCUUCAUCAGAAAAAGAAACCAUAAAACUAGCAAUAAAGGCACUACUAGAAGUUGUGCAGUCCGGAGCUAAAAAUAUUGAAUUGGCUGUGAUGAGACGGGGUGAACCACUGAAGAUGUUGGAAUUAGAAGAAAUUGAAAAACAUGUUGCAGAGAUAGAAAAGGAAAAAGAAGAAGAAGCAGAGAAAAAGAAACAAAAGAAAGGUGGUGCAGCUGAUAAAUAGUGACCAAGAUCUAGAAUUGUCCACAACAUUAUUGCUUCUGAAUGCUUUCAUUUCAUAUUUUGUGUAUUCACAUCUUUGUGCAAGAAAGCAGUGUUUAAUAAAUUGUUGCUCAUGAGAAGGUA